AUGAGUCUGAAAAAAAAAAGUUUCGGUUCGGAAAUCAAAAGACUUGCGUCGGAACGUAAGAGACGGAGGGAACGAAAUGAGAUUCUUAUAGCAAGGGAAUAUAUGGAAAAAGAAAUAGUGGAAGAUGGAUGUUUUUGUGUGGGGGAAGUGGAUGAUAUCGGACGCGGGAAACCGGAAGAAGCUGUGAGAAGAUUGAGAGAAUAUGCCGAGUUGAGGAAUAGGAUAUUGUUAAAAAUAGAGGAGGCAUUGAUCGAAGCGAGAGAAGUGAUAAGGAGGGAAGUAAGGCCGAAACCGAUGAAUGUAAAACAAUUAAAGUUAAUUUUGAGAAAAGUUUGUGCAUACUUUGAUUAUCUUCCGAGAAGAUCACAUCUUUUAGAAUGA